AUGGCUGCGCAGCUAUUAAAACACAACGACUCCCCUCCAUUCGCGGACCACAAGGAUUUGCACAAGGUCAUUGACGCUACACAGCUUGGCAAUGUCCCUUGGCAAUGUCUCUCAGUUCAAUACGCGGGGGAACACCCUGAGCACGAUACUCCUCCGUGGAUGGGCAAAGAAUAUGAAGUUUGGUACAGAGACCCCCGCAUGAUGGCACACAACAUGUUGGCCAAUACCACCUACAAGGGUGAGAUUGACUAUGCGCCAUUUCGAGAGUAUGAUUCGUCGGACAAUACACGCCGAUGGAAAGACUUUAUGUCUGGAGAUUGGGCAUGGCAACAAGCCGACGAGAUAUCGAAGGAUCCGAACACGCAUGGAUCAAUGUUCGUCCCAAUAAUCCUUGGGAGUGACAAGACCACCGUAUCUGUGGGCACGGGUAAUAACGAAUAUUACCCCUUGUAUGCCUCGAUCGGCAAUGUGCACAACAAUGUGCGACGCGCUCAUCGCGAUGCUCUCGUUAUCAUUGGUUUCCUCUCUAUACCAAAAACUACUAGGAAAUAUGCUCACGACGAUUCGUUUCGUCUAUUUCGCCGCCAGCUUUUUCACUGCUCGCUAUCCGCGAUUCUAUCCACCCUGAAGCCUGCGAUGACCGAGUACGAGGUCCUGCGUUGCGCAGACGGUCAUUUUCGACGCAUCAUAUUUGGCCUAGGACCUUACAUAGCUGACUAUGAGGAGCAACUGGUGCUAUCUUGCACCGUCAAAAACUGGUGCCCGAAAUGUCUUGCACAUCGUGGUGACCUGGAUGGCAGCGGUAAUCUCCCACGCACUCGAGAGCAUACAGAUCUCCUCGUAUCUGAACAUAUAGACUCAGAUACAUUGUGGCAUGAAUUUGGUAUCGUUAGCGUUCUCGUCCCAUUCACAAAUGAUUUCCCCCGAGCCGACAUUCAUAAAUUGAUAUCCUUCGAUCUCCUCCACCAGCUAGUCAAAGGCGCUUUCAAGGAUCAUCUUGUGGACUGGGUCUUAAAGUAUCUCAAACUCACGCAUGGGACCAAACGAGGAGAAGAGAUCAUGAGUGACAUAGAUCGCAGAAUUGCUGCUGUGGCAUCAUUCACUGGGCUACGGCGAUUUCCCGACGGCCGUGGCUUCAAACAGUGGACGGGUAACGAUUCCAAGGCCCUCAUGAAGGUUUUCCUUCCGGCUAUUGAAGGCCAUGUACCUCAAGACAUGGUGCGCGCAUUUCGUGCUCUUUUAGAGUUUUCCUCUCUGGUUCAACUCAAUGAUGCGCUCACUCGGUUCCACCACUACCGCAAGAUAUUCGAAACCACAGGCACAGUCCCUCACUUCUCGUUACCUCAUCAACACUCGAUGACUCACUAUGUGGACAUGAUCCGACUGUUUGGUGCCCCAAACGGAUUAUGUUCGUCGAUCACAGAAUCCAAGCACAUCAAGGCGGUCAAGGAACCUUGGCGGUGGUCUAACAAGCACAACGCCCUGGGUCAAAUGCUAUUGACCAAUCAACGGCUUGAUAAACUUGCAGCAUCUCGCCUGGACUUUGCUGCUCGUGGGAUGCUUGUCGGCUCUGUGUUAUCAAGAGCUGUGGCCGCUCUCAAACGAAAACGGGCACGGACUGUAAUGGAGCUAGCAGAUGAGGUCAAUGUACCUCACCUGCGACGCCUUAUCCGUUACUUUCUGUUCUCUCAACUCCACCCUAACGAUCCCCGCAGCCCCGAGGAUGUCCCCGCUGCUAGCUGUCCUCGGCAUGAUGGCAGGCUUUAUGUCUUUAAUUCUGCAGCUGCGACUUUCUAUGCCCCGAGCGAUCCCAGUGGCAUUGGCGGCAUGCGACGUGAACAGAUACGAGCUUGUCCACUCUGGCGGAAUGUCGCUGCCCGUAAUGAUUGUGUGUUUGUCAAUGCCAAUCCAGACCUUGAAGGGAUGAGAGGGCUCGAAGUCGCAAGAGUCAAAUGUUUCUUUUCUUUCAAGUUUAAUUGGGUCACAUAUCCAUGUGCCCUCGUUCAGUGGUUCGACAAGGUUGGCGACUGUGCGGACGAGGAUACCGGCAUGUGGAUAGUACGUCCAACUGUUCAUGACGAUGGCACCCCAAACUUCGCCGUCAUCCAUAUUGACACAAUUUACCGCGCAGCCCACUUGAUCCCUGUCUAUGGUCCCGACUUCAUUGCUGACAACAUCGAGUAUUUUCACUCCUAUGAUGCUUUUCGCUCAUUCUAUAUUAAUAAAUUUGCUGAUCACCAUGCAUUUGAGAUCGCGUCGUGA